CGCGGAGGCGAUGGGUUCCUUCUGCGCAGGCGUCGUGGGCCUGAGGGCGGGUCCUGCCCGCGCCGCGGUGCGCAGGCGCAGCCGUCGGUGGGUCGGGGCUUCGGUCGCCUGAGAGAUCCUGAGCCAGCAGUGUCACCUCAGCAGCCUUGAGAUGGACAACAGAAAGCGCCUGGCCUAUGCCAUCAUCCAGUUUCUGCACGGCCAGCUACGGAAUGGUGGGCUCUCGCCUGAUGCCCAGGAGAGCCUGGAGGUUGCCAUCCAGUGUCUGGAGACAGCCUUUGGGGUGACAGUGGAGGACAGUGACCUAGCUCUGCCCCAGACCCUGCCAGAGAUAUUUGAAGCAGCUGCUGCUGGCAAGCAGGAGACGCCCCAGGACCCGAGGGGCCCUGACAGGACGCCGCCCUCUGAGGAGGACUCCGCUGAGGCAGAGCGCCUCAAAACCGAAGGUAACGAGCAGAUGAAGCUGGAGAACUUUGAGGCGGCUGUGCGCCUCUAUGGCCAGGCCAUUGAGCUCAACCCCUCCAACGCUGUCUACUUCUGUAACAGAGCCGCGGCCUACAGCAAGCUGGGGAACUACGUGGGGGCCGUGCAGGACUGCGAGCGCGCCAUUGGCAUCGACCCAGGCUAUAGUAAGGCCUAUGGCCGCAUGGGCCUGGCACUGUCCAGCCUGAACAAGCACGCCGAGGCUGUGGCUUACUACAAGAAGGCCCUGGACCUGGACCCCGAGAAUGACACGUACAAGUCCAACCUCAAGAUUGCAGAGCUGAAACUGCGGGAGGCGCCGAGUCCCACGGGAGGCGUGGGCAGUUUGGACAUCGCCGGCCUGCUAAACAACCCUCACUUCAUCACUAUGGCUUCCAGCUUAAUGAACAGUCCCCAGCUGCAGCAGCUGAUGUCAGGCAUGAUCUCUGGUGGCCAUAACCCCUUGGGUACCCCAGGCAGCAGUUCAGCACAGAGUGACUUGGCCAGCCUCAUCCAGGCGGGCCAGCAAUUCGCACAGCAGAUGCAGCAGCAGAACCCGGAGUUCGUGGAACAGAUUCGGAGCCAGGUGGUACGCAGCCGGACGCCCAGCGCCAGCCACGAGGAACAGCAAGAGUGACGCUGUCUGUGUGGUGAUCCCAUCGAUCUUUGGCCUCCUGGUGUUUUAGCAUUUUCUCCGUUGGGCUGCCCAGGAAAGAGAAACUGGACCUGCAUGAUGAGACGGACUCGUUCCCCGUUUCUCUUCACCCCCACCCCGCCCCUCCUGUUUUUGUAUUCUUGCUGACCCCGCACCUUCCUGGAAGAGAAUCAGCCGACAGCUACGCACCAGCAGCCGUUCCUCUAGCACCUAGGGAAGCUGAGGGGUGGGGGCACAGGGGUCCACGGGGUGUAGCCUGGGUCCCUGGGUCUCAAGCCCCACCCUGCCCGGUGAAAGGGACUUGAACAGCUGACUCUCAGUCCCCUGGGAAGCGUGCACUGCCAGCCCCAGCCGGAUGCCAGCGUUUUGCGCCCACACUUGGAUUGCUGGUCCUAGCAGGUGCCCCUGCCUGCCCUGUCCCAGUGGCCUAUGCGACGCAGGAGAGGCCUGUAGCUUCUGCCCACGUGUGGACGUCUGUCUCCUUCCCCGCUUCCCCUCCCGUCUUGACAGCCAGUGCCCCUUUGUGUCCAGUCCGGCCCCAUCCUCAGCCUGGGCAGAAGACGUGGCCACCCUGGCCACCCUUCCCUUCUGUCCUCGUCUCGUGGGAGUUCAGGGUCUAGGGUUGGCAGGCAGUUCUGGACCUCAGGCCAUGUUCUCAGCCCUGAAACAGCCACCAGAGCAGGACCAUUUUUGAUCAGGUGGCUCUGUCCAGUGAGUGAGACCAUGUGGGUAUCCCCACACCCACUCUCAGCUCUUGGGGAGGGGCAAGAUCAAAGGUCGUGGUGGCGUCAGGCUGUGUGGCAGGUAGUGUCAGCCUUGUGUGUUGUAGGUAGCCAGUAGGAAGAUGGGCCCCUCCGCCAGUGCUGUCUGCUUUCAGGUGACAGCAAUGCCCGCCUGGGUAAUAAAGAGACACGGAUGAAUGACA